AUGCAAGAGAAAAGUGUUAUUAUCAUUGGAGCUGGUAUUUCGGGCUUGAAGGCCGCAUCUGAGCUUUACAGAUUGGGUUACAAAUCCUGUGUGGUGAUCGAAGCAAGAGACAGAAUUGGUGGUAGAUUGCACACAGUCUCAGGCUACCAAAACCGGAAAUAUGACCUGGGAGCCAGCUGGCACCACGACACUUUGGUCAAUGGCCUUUUUCUCGAGGAAUUGGGUCUACCCAUAGAGGAACGUGCUCAGGUUGCAUUUGACGAUGACGUUGCAGUGAUCUUUGAUAAAGAUCAAGGAAGAGUGGAUCAAAGCCCUGAGAUGACACUCGAGCUUUUGCUGGAGGAACUCGUCAAAUUUAACGAGUUGCAAUAUUUCGGUAGUCUUGACGUUCCCGAUGUCAGUUAUUUCAAGACCAUUGUCAAAUAUCUGUAUGAAAGAAGAGAUUUGUUGACCGAUGACCAGAUAAGGUACCUUCCACAGCUGGCACGCCUAAUGGAAUCUUGGCACGGUAUUGACUGGAAGUCCAUGAGCUCCAAAUGCAUGGAAAUCGCCCACCAAGGGCGCAAUGCGUUUGUAAUGAAUUAUGAUAAAAUCGUCAAACGUAUUGCUUCUACUUUCCCCAACGAAUGGCUCAAGAUGGAGACAGAAGUGAUUUCUAUCAACACUGAAGGCAAACGGGCUGUGGUCCGCACAGAAUCGGGCGAAGCGUAUUCUUGCGACUACGUCUUGGUAACAGUUCCACAAAGCAUCUUGGCCCACUCUUUAAAGCCAGAGCCACGCAAGGGAAGAAUAGAAUUUGCACCCCCUCUUGCACCAACAAUUCAAGACGCUUUCAAAAGAGCACACUUUGGGGCUCUCGGCAAAGUUGUGUUCGAGUUUGAAGAGUGCUGUUGGUCAAAAACUCGUUCGCGUGGACUUUCAUUGGGCAAAUCUAAUGCCAACAUCGUUGGAAAGGUACGAGAUGCAAACGAGCUGCAAUCGCUUGUCGAAGAGCUCAACAAAGACACCAGUUACAAUUUUCAAAAUGGCGAACCAUGGGACUUUCCUCUUUUCUUUGUAAAUUUGGCAAAGCAUACAAACGUCCCUUCCAUCAUGACACUGAUACCAAAUCCUCUUACCACCCACGUUGAGUCCAUAGAGGAUAAGGAAAUGCUGUAUGAGUUUUUCAAGCCUGUCUUAGCCAAGUUUCUUGCAGCUUUCGAAUGCUCUGAUGCUGUUCUCGUGGACUUUGAUAACAAAACAGAAAGAGGCGGUCACAAAGGUCCUGUGCUAAAAAACAUCUUCACCACAAAAUGGACUCAGGAUGAUUAUGCACUUGGUGCAUAUUCCGCCUGCGUUCCGGGCGAUGACCCAUUAGAGCUCGUGUUGGCCUUAACCAAUAACGAUGGUUCGAAGAUUCGAUUUGCUGGCGAGCAUACCAUCAUGGAUGGUGCAGGCUGUGCCUAUGGUGCUUGGGAAAGUGGCAAAAGGGAAGCAAAUUUCAUUGCUCAAAAGAUGGGUAGAAUGUGA